CUUUUGCACUUCCCCUCCUUUUUGCCCAAACAGCUACAACUCACGGGGAUUUGAGAAGUGCUACACAACGACUUUUUUUCGGUUUUGCAUAGCCAGUAAACAGAGAGGUUUUGCGUUGAAAACAAACAUGUUGUGGCGUUACUAGGUGAAGAAGACACCCUGUAAAAGGCCCGGGAGGGGGGAACGGGUUACAAGAACCUGCCAGGAUGACGGACACUCGUCGGCGAGUCAAAGUCUAUACCCUCAAUGAGGACAGACAGUGGGAUGAUCGUGGGACCGGGCACGUCUCGUCGGGCUAUGUGGAGCGCUUGAAAGGCACGUCUCUCCUGGUGCGAGCAGAGAGCGAUGGUUCCCUCCUGCUCGAGUCCAAAAUUAACCCAAACACAGCCUACCAGAAACAACAGGAUACAUUGAUAGUGUGGUCAGAGGCUGAAAAUUAUGAUCUAGCACUCAGUUUCCAGGAGAAGGCUGGCUGUGAUGAAAUCUGGGAGAAAAUAUGCCAGGUGCAGGGAAAGGACCCUUCAGUUGACAUCACACAGGAUGUGGUGGACGAAUCUGAGGAGGAGCGCUUUGAUGACAUGUCAUCGCCAGGUCUGGAAUUACCACCAUGCGAACUGAACCGCUUGGAGGACCUGGCUGAGCUGGUGGCCUCUUCCCUCCCAUCACCCUUGCGACGUGAAAAACUGGCACUUGCUGUGGAAAAUGAAGGCUAUAUUCGCAAACUCCUGGAAUUGUUCCGUGUGUGUGAGGAUUUGGAGAACAGGGAGGGACUGCACCACCUGUAUGAAAUAAUGAAAGGCAUCUUCCUGCUGAAUCGUACUGCACUCUUUGAGGUUAUGUUCUCUGAUGAGUGCAUAAUGGACGUCAUUGGUUGUCUGGAGUUUGAUCCAGCACUUCCGCAGCCACGGCGGCAUCGUGAGUUUCUCACUAAGACAGCCCGCUUUAAGGAGGUGAUCCCCAUCUCUGAUCCUGAACUGCGUCAGAAAAUUCACCAGACGUAUCGGGUGCAGUAUAUUCAGGAUAUGGUGCUGCCCACGCCCUCUGUUUUUGAGGAAAACAUGCUGUCCACCUUGCACUCCUUCAUCUUCUUCAACAAGGUGGAGAUUGUGGGCAUGCUACAGGACGAUGAGAAGUUCUUGACAGACCUCUUUGCACAGCUAACAGAUGAGGCUACAGAUGAUGACAAAAGACAUGAACUGGUAAACUUCCUAAAGGAGUUCUGUGCAUUCUCUCAAACGUUACAACCUCAAAACAGAGACGCUUUCUUCAAGACAUUGUCAAACAUGGGCAUUCUACCUGCACUAGAGGUUAUUCUGGGAAUGGAUGAUGUUCAGGUGCGUGGGGCAGCCACAGAUAUCUUCUCUUAUCUGGUGGAAUACAACCCCUCCAUGGUACGAGAGUUCGUCAUGCAGGAAUCCCAGCAGAAUGAUGACGACAUUCUCUUGAUCAACCUGAUCAUAGAGCACAUGAUCUGUGACACGGACCCAGAACUUGGUGGUGCAGUGCAGUUAAUGGGUCUGCUACGGACUCUGGUGGAUCCAGAGAACAUGCUGGCUACUGCAAAUAAAACUGAAAAAACUGAGUUCCUGAGCUUCUUCUACAAGCACUGUAUGCAUGUUCUGUCAGCUCCACUACUGGCCAACACCACAGAAGAAAAACCUAGCAAAGAUGAUUUUCAAACAUCCCAGUUGCUGGCCUUGAUUUUGGAGCUGCUAACAUUUUGUGUUGAGCACCACACCUAUCACAUCAAGAACUACAUCAUCAACAAGGAUAUUCUCAGGAGGGUACUGGUGCUCACUGCCUCUCGGCAUGCUUUUUUGGCAUUAUGCGCCCUGCGCUUCAUGCGGAGAAUUAUUGGUCUAAAGGAUGAAUUCUACAAUCGCUACAUCAUGAGAAAUUUUCUCUUUGAGCCUGUCAUCAAGGCCUUCCUCAAUAAUGGCUCACGCUACAAUCUUAUGAACUCGGCUAUUAUUGAGAUGUUUGAGUAUGUCCGUGUGGAGGAUGUGAAGUCUCUAACGGCUCAUAUAAUAGAGAACUACUGGAAGGCUCUGGAGGAUGUGGACUAUGUCCAGACGUUUAAAGGCCUAAAGCUGCGGUAUGAACAACAGCGAGAAAGGCAAGACAACCCCAAACUUGAUAGCAUGCGCUCCAUCUUGAGGAACCACCGUUUCCGCCGUGAUGCACGGACACUGGAGGAUGAGGAGGAGAUGUGGUUCAAUGCUGAUGAAGAUGAUCUCGAGGAUGGCGAGGCAGUUGUUCCUCCCUCUGACAAAAUGAAGACUGAGGAAGACCUCAUGGAACCUAUUAGCAAAUUCAUGGAGAGAAAGAAAUUGAAAGACACGGAGGAGAAAGAAGUAUUGGGAAAGUCGAGCUUGUCGGGCAGACAGAAUCCUAGUUUCAAGCUUUCCUUCUCGGGCUCAACUAAAACCAGCCUGUCCAGCCCUCCUUCAUCUGCCUCACUGAACCCAGGUUCUCCAGGGUCACCAGGAUCUCCGGGCUCAGGCGCGCGGAGCUCACCCUCCACCACAACUGUAACCACAAAGGGAGGCUUGGUGGGACUCGUGGACUAUCCUGACGAUGAUGAUGAGGAGGAGGAAGAGGAGGAGGAUGGAGAGAGUAAAGAAGACCCUCUUCCACCCUCAAAGAAGUCCAAACUAAGCUCCUAAAGAAGCAUCACUGUCUCAGCUUGUGCUCCGCUCAGGCAGCCUCAGCGCAUAGACUUUACACAGGAAUGAUCAAACUUGUAAACAAAUUGAAUGAAUGAAAGCCACCCCUCGAUGUCAACGGGUGGUCACAUGAGGAGCAGACUGUGAAUGGAUACGAAGGCUCCUCACACUAGUCCAAUUCAUACAAGUGCCAAUCCAGGAGACCAGAAGUGGAAAAACCGUCUGAAAAUGGGAACAGAGGAUUGAAAGUUUGGAGAGGAGGGAAAAAAAAAAAAUCUCUCUCUAUAGAUCUUCAGCGGACUCAAACAGUAUGAGACACUUUGGCAAUUUAGCAACUGGAGGAAAAGACCACAUACAGAAAACACAUAUACACACAGACUGAAAUCCAAGAGAGCUCAUGGGCUCGGACCAUAACCCACUGACCCACCCCUCCCCUCCUGCCCCCCACUCAGGGAAGGACAUCACAGCAGCCCAGAUGGGUUGGCCAAUUCAGACCCAGAACCACCACUCACCCCCCCCCCCCCCCCCCGUCCCCUCCUCUGAUUCCACUUCCUUCCUGUUCCUUUCUCCUUCUUUUCUCCCCCUGCUCUUUCCCUUCUCUUUGUCUGUUGCUUUUUCUCCCUUUUUACGUUAGUAUAUAGGACCAGAUGGGAGGCAGCGUGUGGCAAAGCGCUGUCCUUGUUGUCGUUUGAUGAUGUCAUCAGUGUCGCUGCUCCUCAGUGGACGUUCUUUCUCCGAAGAGAAAAAAGCCAGCAGUUUCUUCAUUUUUUUCCUUUUUGUUCUCUAUUUGUCUCAGUCUUUCCUGUCUCUUCUGUUUUUUUUUUUCCUUUUUUUUUUUUUUGUAAAUGACUACAAAAAAAGACCUGCCUUUAAAUGUUCAGGACGUUUUCAGUCACACUUGAACAGGUUUUUAAAGACCUCAGUAGGUGAGCUAGUUUUACCCUUUUUGCCCUUUGAAACUGCAGAUAUUUUGGAGAAUUUGUAAUCCCGUCUUGAUUAAAGAUUGAGUGGAAUUCUA